UAUCUCCAAAGACCAAUGGCUACUUCACUCUCACACUAAAACAAAAAAAAAACAAUGCCGAAUACUUAACAAAACCCUCCAUGGGCCUCUCUUCUCUCAGCCCCGCAACCUCCACCUCUCUCACCACCUCUCUCAGCCGUCGUCUCCGCACGAGCAGCAGCCUAAAGAACGUUUCAACCGGAGUUCUCAACUUCCCCAUGUUCGGCGCCAAUAUAGGACGUAAGAGAUCUGGAUCUGGUCAAGGAAACAAGAACGUGGAGCCAUCGUCUCCGAAGGUGACGUGUAUCGGUCAGGUCAGGGUAAAAACUAGGAAGCAUGUCAAGAAGAAGCUGAGAGCGAGAUCUAGAAGAGAAAGUCAGACUAGCCUGAGAAGAUCUUCCUCAAGUGAUCAAAACGACGGAAGUGGACGUCGUUUUGAUGGGAGCGAGAACCGUUGGGUUCAUAUUCCUGUGAGUAUAUGUGAGUCGUUGAGAACGUUAGGCUCAGAGCUUAACUGCUUAUUCCCUUGUAGAUCCUCUUGUACGGAUCAUAGUCACCACGAAAGAGGUAGAGAUGAGAAUAACUCGUGUGGUGCGGUGUUCACGCGGUGGUUUGUGGCGGUGGAGGAGACGGGGAGGGAGAUUGAGCUUGUUGUUGGCGGUGAGGAGGAUAUGAGGAGGAGGAGGAGGAGUAGCCGGAGACAUGUUUUUGAGAAUCUUGAUUUAAGUAUUAUAGAGACGAAGACAUGUCCUCCGCCGAAGAAUGCUUUAUUAUUGAUGAGGUGUAGAUCAGAUCCGGUUAAGGUGGCGGCGUUAGCUAACCGGGUUAGAGAAAGACAGAUGUCACUAAACGACGUCGCAUAUGGUAGAGACGAAGAGGAGGAAAAAAAUAACGAGAAAAUAAGGUUUGAGCUUGAUGACUUGGAAGACAAGAAGCGGAUCGAGUUAUGUAAUAAAAGGGUUUCCGACAAGAUUCCUGUUACAGAACCAGAAGAUAUGUCCGAAGAAGAAGAAACUGAAGCCAUGAUCAUUAAAACCAUCGAAGACAAUAUCAAAAACGCCAUAGAGGAAGAGGAACGCAAAGAAGUUAAAAGAUCCGAUCAAGAACCCGACCAGAGUUUAAAAGAGAAGGAUACGACGCCGUAUAAGGUGUUACCGGAUUGUUUACUGUUAAUGAUGUGUGAGCCAAAGCUAUCAAUGGAAGUCUCCAAGGAGACUUGGGUCUGCACUACAGAUUUCGUUAGAAGCAAACCGGGAAGACCUCCGGCGAAGAAGAUACCGGAACCUCCCGGAGAUCUUAAUCAUCAAGAAACCAAGAAACGUAUUGUUACCGCCGUUGAGUCCAACUCAUCUUCUCGCCGGCGUUCAGUGGAUAAACGUCCGGUUCACCGAGGGGUGUUGCAGCCGCCGCGGUCAUCUUGCUCAUAUCCGGCAGCUCCACCGGUGAUAACGGCGGUUGGAGAGGAGAAGGUAGAAGGAGCUAAGGAGCUAUCAGUGCUGCCACGUUGCAAUUCCGAGCCGAGGAAGUCGGGUUCGAAGCUUGCGCCGGAGAGUUGUUUAUGGAAAAACCGGAAGAUGGAGACGCAUUCUCCGGUUACUGUCGGAAUCGGCGCCGCCGGAGUAGGGUUCUAG